AUGGACGACCAGUGGAGCUCCAAAUUCCAGUCACCAACACAGAUCCAUGAGUAUCUGCAAAAUUCAUCGGAAUGUCGAGAAUUAUUUCAAGCCUGGGACCAGCAGAUAGAAAAAAAUAUCGCAAAACCUGAAGUCCCUAUACUAGAUUUGUUUGCCAAAAUUAUUCAACAUACUACAAAUACACCAUCAUUAAGAUCCACUGGGACGAUAAUAAUUCGUAAUAUUUUGAGAAAUUAUAUGAAACCAAUUAUUCGAAAUUUGUCAUCUGAUCAAUAUCCUUUAUGUCAAGCGACUUUGAGGUUAUUGAUAGUAAUAAAUUCUCAUGAUAUCACAACAACAAGAGAAUUGCAAGAAACUUUUCCAUAUGGUCUUAAGGCACUCGGUAGAUUAUUGAACAUAAGAAAAAAUGAUUCAAAUAACCAAAAAUUACGUUCAAAAGAUGAUAUUCGUACUCUAUAUAUUCGUUUUAUUUUGACAUUCUUAACACAUGGAGAUUCUAAAGUGAGAUCUUAUGUUUUGGAAACAAAAAAUUUUGCAAAUGCAAUUUUCAAGGGGCUAUCUGGCGAUCCGUAUGAGCUUGUGGAUGAGGUGUUGAAAACAUUCCAUGAUUUCGUCAUAGUUGACAAUCAAAUCAGUCGAAAAACAAAAGCAUCUUUUUUCAAUACUGGGAUGUUAAAUCAUGUAAAUAGACAGUAUCAAACAAACGAUUUUGAACCACCAGAUUCUGACAAGAACGUCGCAGAUGUUGUUCACAAAUUUCUGUUAUCAAUUUGCUGUGUACCAGGAGUAGGGAUCUGUUUCCGUGAUGCAGGAUGGUAUUCUUAUAGUUCACCGAGGUCUUCUAUAAAUGGCACUGACAAAUCUAAAGAUAGUGGCAAAGUUAAAUUGAAUAAUAUUAUAUUGUCUUCCUUUAUUAAGUCUCUGAAACCAACUCAAGAUUUAAAGCAGCAAGAAUUGUUGUUGAAAAUUUUGGAAGCAUGUCCAGAGCUAAUUCAUAUAAUUUGGCAAGAUAAAAAUAUUUCUUUUGAGCCUUACCUUUCUUACAGAUGGAUUGCAAAUAUGGCACUUCUUCAUAAGAUAAUAUCACUACCUGUUCCAUUGCUUUAUUCUCCAGAUACGAAUGUUUAUCCUGAAAUACCUCCUGAGAUUACUUCGGUAAUGGAUAAUAUACUUCCCCGAGUUUUUGAUCGGUCGAUCUUAAACAAAUGCCUGAAUCAUCAAAGCCCAUUAGUUAAGUACAAGACGAUCAUAACAUUGUCUGUAAUGUUUCAAAAGUUGGACAAGGUUAAGCAAGCUUUUGAUGAAGCAGCUCGUUGCUUGGAUGCUUCAUUAAAUGGAUCAUCUAGUGAAAAAAAUCCAUCUGCUAGAUGGAUCCAAACAAUUAAUUCUAUAUUUGAGGAGAUAAAACGUAAAGUUCCUGACAUUCAGGUUCUUCUUAGAAUUUAUCAUCAAACUUCUGCAUAUGAACAAAAGUUAUUACCUGACCUAAUGUCUAAUGAAGUAACUGAAGAAUAUACAAGAAAUAGCAUGAUGCAUGAAGUAAUUCUGAAAUUGAUAAAAUAUUAUCACCAAUUUUUACCAGAAGCAGUUAUGGAAUCUAAAUUUGACGUAGGCAAAUUUAUUCCUACAAAUCUAGAGGAAAUUCAGCCAACAGUGCAAUUGCAUUUAUUGGAAUUGUUAUUAAGUUCUGAUUUUAAUUUGGCAAAUAAACCAGAAAAUAAUCGGUUGACUAUUCUGUUGAAGUUGUAUUCACAUACACCACACCCACAAAUAUAUUCCAGUAUUCGACGAGUGCUUAUACACCUGCUUUCUAAAUCACUUGCUUUUCAGCAUGACCCUAGCGAGGCUAUAAUUUGGUUGGAAUCUUUACCACACAUAGUUUCUGUGAAUAAAAUUGUUCAAGAACUCCCUGAAUCGGAUUUGGUCUUGCAAUUUCUUGAUGAAUCUAUUUCAAUCUUUUUUAAGGAUCCAUUUCCUUAUAUUGAUGAACUAUCUCAAAUUAUCAAUGAUGUUAACUCGGAUGUACUGCAGAUUGAUAUCAUGGAGGUUGAUGAGUUGCGGAUUGCCAAAGACAUUAGCAUAGAUUUCGCAGAAAAACUCUGCAAGAUUUAUUAUGGCUCAAAAGACAUACCUUUUUCAUAUCCGUUCAGUCCGCUACUGGCGGUUAUUAUGAAACAAUAUCAGAAUAUGAAACCCAUUACUGUUGAAGUCACCUCGUUUCUUCACAAACUAUUUAAAAAUUUACUGAAUAAACAAAUUUCUGCAUCAUAUUUGUAUGUUUAUGUAAGACGAUUAAAUAAAGUAAUUGGCAGUUCUUUGGAUAAUCUGGGCCAAAAGAACCAUUGGAAUGCUAAGGACUAUAUUGAUGAGUUAGAAACUUAUUUUCAACAAUUUUAUUCACGUAAUAUUAAAUGGAAUAAUCAUCAAAGCGAAUAUCGAAAAAUGAUUGAAGAUUCAAAUCCUAGCAAUUUAGAUUUGGCCAGGAUCAAAUUCCUUGAAUUGAUAUAUAAUAUCCCACCACCAAUCUUGAAUUAUCUUACUGAGACAGAGCUGUCUCAACUUUUGGAUUGUAUUUUAAAUGUCAACAUUGUUGAUGCCUUAUAUUUAUUAGAUGAGAAUCCUAUCAGGCGUUACAUGACAUUCUUGUCGCUUGUGUCCAAUAACUUUAUGAGACUUGGUUCGAGAACGCAUAUUACAGAUAAUUGUUUUAAAAAAUUGCUGUAUAUAUGGCAAAAGCAACCUACUCUUGAGUUAGAUACAGUACUAUUGCAGUUUAUUGAGGCUUAUAUGCCUCCUGGUCUAAUAGAUAUCGAGAAUACGAAAUAUUUUCAAUUUACAGAAAUGCCAAAUCACUUUUUAUUGGUCAAAAGUAUUGAUUCGAGUGUUGUGCGAUUCAUUCUUGAUAAUAUGAACACUCUUAAAGCAAAGAUAUUGUCUUGCCUCAUUAUCUGUAGUCCUGAGAUUCGAUUGGAAUUUGUUAAUUUGAUUUUGCUUAACCCACAAUUAUUAGUAUCAAUUUCUCUAAAACAAAUUAUAAUUAUUGUUUCAGCAUUUAUUGACGUUGUAUCAUCAAAAACACAUUCAAAAAUCGAUUGGUCACCAGUUGCGACCGAAAAUGAUAAGAAAGCUACCAAAACGAUAUCAGACAAAUGUGCACAUCGGUUCUUUCGCAAUAUAACGACUUCUUACACAGACAAGUUACCGUCAAUUUAUGCCAAUGUUGUUUGUGCAUUGAUGAGUCUGAGUCCAUCAAUAGAGUUAAUGGAGACUUUGAAAUUUUCUAUUCAAAAUGGAUCUUUCGACUUAUUCAGUUUGGAUUAUUUGAGUAUAAUUGAAUUUCACUUAGAAAUUCAUAUUAAUGAUUAUGAUGAACAGGAUCUUAAAACAUUUAUUUCUAGUUGUCUUCAUCAAGCGACUUUAUUUAUGGAAAAGGACAUUUUCAAAAAUUAUAGUAAUGAAGCAUUGAAAGCCAUUUUUAACAAAAUUGACGAUUUGAUAAGAUUUGUUCCAAAGUCAACUAGCCUAGAUGCAAACAUUAUCGGAGAGUUCAUUUUCGUUCUUUUAGAAAAAAAAAUUGAUGAACCAACAAUUUUAAGGUGUAUAACAUCGUUAAUUGUUGCUGCAUACAAUAAAGAGACAGUAUUUGGACCUUCUUUGGACAAAGUUGUUGAAGCCAUCAUCAAUAAUCCGCAAUUUAAAGCAUUAUGUAGUGCACCAGAGUUAUCACAAAAGGCUGACAAAUCGCCAAAAUUCCUAUGUAGAUUAGCAAUAAAUAAUCUAUUGAAUACGGUGUUUCGAAUCCAUCCUAAAACAUGUUGUAAACCUUCGUAUUUGAAUGUCCUCUUGUCAUGCUAUGGUGCAUCCACUUCACUUGCUGAUCAAUUGCUCCUUGACAUAUUCAUAUUGUAUGAGAAGUCAUCUAGUACUUCGAUUGUAUCCAGUGCAAUGAUGUGGGGUCCUGGGGCAAUCCGCCAAUUCGAUAGACGAGGCUUGAUGGGACAAAGAAUUCUUGUUGAAUCAUUAGAUUUAAUAGAUCCCAUGAUAAUGAUGCGAAGUUAUACUCACUUUCCAAUUGAUAAAGAAUUGGAAGUGCCCUUGAGUUUAAUAGAAACUAUAAGUUGCUUGAAAAGUGGUCUAACUGAGGAUUCUAUUAAGUGGGAAAAAGAUUUACCAGUAUACGAUCCAUCAUAUUUCUUACCAUUAUUUUCAAAUUUGUUAUCGUAUGGAAAUUUAUUGGAUAUCAGAAGGUUUAUUGAAAUCAAUGCGUUAGGAUUUAUUGUCGUUUCAUUAUCAUCUACUGUGGAAAAUGUGAGAAGAGCAGGUUAUUAUUUGAUGGAUGAAAUUUACAGUUUAUUGGAGCAUGCUGCCUUUCGGGAAAAGAGUCAGAUAUUGUUGUUGCUUAAUUCAUUGAAGAAUUCAAUUGUGGAUCGUGAUAAUGAAAAUAAACCACUUCAACGAAUUCCUACAAUUAUUUCUGUAUUUAUUGCACAUGCAUUGAAUGUUUUCACGAAUCCUGCCCAUUUCAUGUAUCCUAUAAUUAAUAAGUUUUUGUUACAAAGACCAAUAUUGGAUUUAGAGGAUGUGCCGAUGUUUUAUAGUCUAUUUCAUACGUCUUCCAAGAAUUAUCAAAAAGAAAGAGUAUGGAUUUUGAGACUUUUAUCUGCUGGAUUAAAGACUCAUGAAGAUUAUAAGAUCUUUAGAAGAAGAUAUGUAUGGGAUGUUAUUUCUAGUUAUUAUAACUCACCUCUUGCUGACAAUAUUAGUCGUAAACUUAUCAUUGAGAUACUAUUCCAAUCAGCAUCCAUUCCACAAGCUGUCACUGAUAUGGUCAAAAACCGAGGACUUUUAACGUGGCUACAGCAUUUAUGUUUUGUAUUGCCACAUUCAUUGGUGAAUGAACAAACAUUUUUUGGAAUACGAAUACUACUUAGGGUAUUGCAAGGUUGUAAGAAUUCAACAUUGCAAUGGUCAAAAGAUGUUCUGAUAUAUCAAGCCAUACUUAUUGUGACUAAUGCGUUAAAAUCCUUCGACUUAUAUAUGGUGAAAGAAGAGACGAUUUCAUGGAUACUUAAUUACCUUAACGCGAUUAUUCGAACUUUUCACUACCUUAUGUUAAUUUCAUCGACUACUAAUCGGAUUUUCACACCGUAUCAUAUAUCGUGUAUUUUCUCACUACUUGAAAAAUGUGAAAUACAUCUCAAAUCAAAACUUAACACUGACGAAGCACCAAGCCAUCCCAUAAAUAUAGUUCAUAAUUUAUAUCCUUCACUAGAAGAUAAUUUAGAAGGACUAUACAUGCUUGAUUUUAAUUUAAUCAGAGUUUAUAAACAAAUUAUAAGAAUGUUGUUUGAAAUGGUGAUUAGUAGCGGUGGACAUGAUAUAGAAGUAGUGAAUAAGAUUGUUUAUAGAGCAUUGUCUAUGGGUGUUUCAACUGAAGCGAAAGUAUGGGCGAUCGCGUGUAUGGCUGAGUGUAUACGCUAA